AUGGCUAAAGCAAAGUUUGAUCCAGAGGCAAUCUCGAAUUUCCUCACAGAACAGCGGGAUGAGGCACCAGCAGAAGUACAAUCAGUCUUUCUCGACUUCGAAGAUCUAUGGGAGAGCAAGCUAUGGCAUCAACUGACAGAAAAGCUGCUGGAAUACUUUUCUUCGAAAGAAAGUCACGGUCAGAGACUACAACUGUACAAGAGAUUCAUCCUGAGCUUUUCGGACAAGAUCAAUCAGUUGAAAUUGGUAAAGUUGGCUCUGAGUGCCUCGUCUGAGAUUAAGGAUGAUGCUGAGCGAGCCACAUUCCUCGAAACACUCCUCAAGCAGGUCGACAAGCCGGAAUCAGAAGAGGCGCAGACAUAUGCUACCUCUGAACUCGCAGCAGUAUAUCUCAGACUAGAUGAAGAGCAAAAGGCGAGGGAGUUGCUAGACAAAGCACAAGUCUCGCUUGAUAGAUUCGACUUCGUGGAGAACAUUGUGCACGCUUCUUUCUACCGUGUCAAUGCAGAGUUCUACCAGUCUGGCAGCGACUUCACUUCCUACUACCGAAACUCCCUUCUCUACCUCGCAUGCGUUGAUGCCUCCGAACUAUCUGCAAAAGAAAGACAGCAAAGAGCAUACAACCUGGCUCUAGCAGCCUUGGUUUCGGACCAGAUCUACAACUUUGGUGAACUGCUGCUUCAUCCUAUCCUCGAUGCCCUUAAGCCACCCCACACACAGGCUUGGCUACGUGAGUUGCUCUUCGCUUUCAACAGAGGAGAUCUGGCGACGUUUGAUAAGCUGUCGAACAACCUGAGCAAGAACGAAAUCCUAGAUUCACACAAAAUAUUCCUUUACCAGAAGAUCUCCUUAGCUGCACUUACGGAGCUCGUGUUCAGGAGGCCACCACAUGACCGAGCUAUGACGUUUCAGACUAUCAGUCAGGAGACCAAGGUAAAGCCUACAGAGAUUGAACACCUUUUGAUGAAGGCGUUGAGCCUGGGUCUGUUGCGUGGAAAGAUUGAUCAGGUUGCUGAAAUAGCUCGCAUCAACUGGGUGCAGCCUAAGGUAUUAGAAAAGACUCAAAUCGAUGGCAUGAGACAACGUCUAAAGGAGUGGGACAGCAAUGUUAACGAUCUGGGCCAUUGGAUCGAGAAUCAGGGCAAGGAUGUUUGGGCCGCGUAG